AUCACAAAAAAAUAAGCCUGCAGGCUGUAGCAGAUAUAAAUAUAUGCGUCAUCGGAACUCCCUGGCCAAGACUGAGAAGUGAGAACUAACACAAGUUGAGAGCAAGCAAGCAAAGAAAACACUGCACUUUCUCUUCUUUAAAAUGUCGUCUUCUUCUUCUUCUUCUUCUGUAUUGUUUACUCUGAUAAUUUUUUCUGUUCUUUUCUGCAAUUCCAAGGCUGUCAUACAGCUGCCACCGAAUGAAAGCAUUCCAGCAGUUAUAGCGUUUGGUGAUUCAAUCGUGGAUACGGGCAACAACAAUUACCUGAAAACUCUUGGUAAGUGCAAUUUCCCUCCCUAUGGGCAAGAUUUUAAAGGAAAAGUUCCCACAGGCAGAUUCGGGAAUGGAAAGGUUCCCUCAGACUUGAUAGCGGAGGAAUUGGGAAUAAAAGAGCUUCUGCCAGCAUACUUGGAUCCACUUCUUCAACCUCAAGACUUGAUCACAGGAGUAUGUUUCGCUUCAGGUGGCUCAGGAUAUGAUCCCUUGACAGCCAAACUAGCGUCAGCACUAUCAAUGUCCGAUCAAUUAGAAAUGUUCAAAGAAUACAUAGCGAAGCUUAAAGGAAUUGUUGGUGAAGAGAGGACAAACUUCAUCUUGUCAAAAAGUCUAUUUCUGGUGGUAGCGGGAAGCGAUGACAUUGCCAAUACAUAUUUCCUUAGUCAUGCACGGGAAUUGGAGUACGAUAUCCCUUCCUACACGGACCUUAUGCUCGACCAGGCUACCACAUUCUUUAAGGAAAUAUAUGAGCAAGGGGCACGAAGGAUUGGAGUACUGAGUGCACCGCCGAUUGGAUGUGUGCCGUCACAAAGAACUCUGGCCGGAGGAAUACUGAGACAGUGUUCGGAAAAGUACAACCAAGCAGCAAAACUGUUCAACAUUAAACUGUCGGCAACUCUGGAUUCCCUUAACAGAAACCUACCCAACAGCAAGAUGGUCUAUCUUGAUAUUUACAGCCCUCUACUCGAUCUCAUUGAAAACCCAAAAAAAUAUGGUUUUGUGAUUGCGAAUAAAGGAUGCUGUGGUACAGGGAAUAUAGAGGUAUCUAUACUAUGUAACCCAGCGUCUGCCACCUGUACAGAUUCAUCUAAUUUUGUUUUUUGGGAUAGUUAUCAUCCCACGGAAGCAGCAUAUAGAACCCUUGUUCGUAUAGUCCUCGAAAAGUACCUCAGUAGCUUCUUCUGAUCGGAUGGCAACCCAGGCAUAUAAUGCAGAUCAGCUUAUUCAAGUUGAAAUCUUCCACCAGUCUAUUCUGAUUGGUCCGUUAAUUUCCUUCCAUCAACUGUAAUAUUUUAUUUAUAGAAUAAAUUGAAGAACUCAUCUGAUGA